GUCUGGUCAGUCUCGUGAGCGUUGGAUGAGAGCAGAGCGGAGAAGCAAGCUAGCUUGCUAGCUAACUGUCAGAGCGGACCGACUCGUUACCGACCGUCUGUCCGGUGAAACAUGAACUAUUUACCGUCUUAUUUACCGUAUUCAGCUCGAUGAGGUUACAGCCGCAGGGUUAGGGUGAGUUUUAAAACAAGAUGGACGUAAACAGAGAGGAGGGCGAGCUGGAGGACGGAGAAAUCUGCGAUGAUGAGACCGAGGAGAGUGUUCCUCUCCGGCGGGGGGAUGGUAACGUGAGGCCGGGACCAGGAGCUCGUGCUCGGACACGAAAACCUCACCAACGGCCUCACAACGUGGAGCAGCACGUGGCUCCGGACCUCCGGCUCCUGAUGUCUUAUAACCGAGGACCUCACGGUCCGUUCCCUCCGAACCACCGGCAGCAGUGUGGGCCGAGCGGGCCCGACCGGCCUCCUGGUUCCUCCACCACGACGCCUCCUCUGGGUCUCGGUCCUCACGGAGACCAGAGUCCGAGGACCAGUUUCUGGGAGCGGAGCCACGGAGCUCUGGGCCGGUUCAGGCCGAACGGUGGACGGGGGUGCUGGAACCGUGGCAGAGGUGGUAACAACCGAGGAAACAUCAGAGGAAACAUCAGAGGAGGUGGUAACAACUUCGGUCCCUCCGGUCGUUACGGGCCCGGAGAGAAUAAAGACUCUCCCUCGAGGAAACAGAAGCAGGCGGGGAGGAACCAGAGCAGGAAAGCUGCUCACAGUGUCUCUAAACCAGAGACCAGUGUUGACGAGUCCUUCGAGGACCUGCUGUCCAAGUACAAGCAGAUCCAGCUGGAGCUGGAAUGUAUCCGCAAAGAAGAGACCAUGGCCCUGGAGCCCAUGGGGUCCCCCAGAGCCCAGACCCUCGACAACACUGCCAGUAUUACACAGAGCCGACCGGCUCCCGGACCAGCUCCUGGAUCUGCUCCUGGACCAUCUCCUGGAUCUGCUCCUGGACCAUCUCCUGGAUCUGCUGCUGUACCAGCUCUUGAACCUGGACCAGCUCCUGAACCUGGACCAGCAGCAGAGGACCCAUCAGAGCUGGAGACGGUUGAGGAGAAGAAAGUGUUCCAGGCGUUCAACAUCAAACCUCUCCGUCAGAAACUUCCUUCUCCUGCCGCUCUGGAGGAGCUGAAGAGGAAGCGUGAUGACCAGGAGGGAGGAGGCGCUGAUGACCAGGAGGGAGGAGGCGCUGAUGACCAGGAGGGUGAUGAAGAGGAAGAAACGACACCAGAUGGAGCGGAAACAGAACAAAAAGCCGAAGAAGAGUCAGAGGACAUGAAGAAGAAGUGUUGCAGCGAGGAAACUCACGAAGAAGAGAAGGAGAAAUCUAAACAGACGUGUUUGUGUCGCAGAGAAUCAUCGGCCUCCAGUGAGGACUCUGCCAUCUCUCCUGACAAGGUGAGGGGGGGGGGGGGGGGUCGUAUUACAUACCAGUAUACAGUACACGUAUAUAUUACUAGUGUCCCGUACAUGAGCUCUGUACCAGUGUCUCUUGUCCCGUACUCUUCAAGAAGUGCUACCCUGAGCCUUCCACUCACCACUUACUGUAUUCAUAUUAGUUUGUUUCUGUACGUCUGCUCUGUUUUAUGCUCUGAGAUGAUUGUUUAAAGGAGAUGCACUUAUGACUUCUGGUGACGAGUAGUUCUCUUGAAUGCCGAUGUUGAAUACACUUAUUGUAAGUCUCUUUGGAUAAAAGCGUCUGCUACAUGACUAAUGUAAUGUGCUCCGUGCUCCGUGUCCCGUGUCCCGU